GUCCCAUUCUUGGCUUGAAUAGAACAUGUCAUUCAUGAUUAAAUAUCAUUCAUUUAAACAUUGAACUUACUGGUUUUGGAUGAAAUCAUGAUAAAUAUUUCACUCUCUACAGUGCAACAAAGAGCCUAAGUUUAACAUGAGCACCAAGCAAGUUAAACAAGUGGCUGCUUAAAAUUAGUUGAAGCUGUCUAAGCUUUAGAGGCCCAUUUCUUGGUUUAGAAGACUCACUGGGUAUGUUUUUUCUUUCCCAUAUCUCUCUCCACUUGGGAAGGCCAAGCAACUAUAUCCCAGAAGCUAGUCGGUGGCCCUUGGAUGAGGCAAACAUAUCAUUUUGUUGGGGACCCUAGGAGGAUGGGAGAUGCAGUCAAAGAUGUGUUUGGAUUCACUCCAGAAGAUGUCAAUUGGCUCCAUGGCAGUUUUGAUGAAGAUAGUUUCUCAAAUGGAGAGCAUCCAUUACACCUGACAAGAUGGUGGGCUCAUCAACCUGGAAUCUCAUCUGUGGAUGAAGCACAUUGGGUGGCAUCCACUGUGUACAUGACAGGACCUGAAAUGAGUGAUAGCCCAGCCACCUUCACCACUGUAACCACCUCUAUUCAGGAUCCUUUGAUUCCAAUUCACCCCAGUCCUACUGAACACACCCCUCCUUCUAGACCACUCCCUCAAUUUGACAGGCAUCCAGAAGAGAAAUUUUGGAUUCGCACUGUGAUUUCCAAUGUUCCUGGUCAUCUGGAUGAUACCCUGAUGGAAGAUGUACGACGGAAGCUGGAACGGAUGUAUGAGUAUGCAUUCAUUAGACACCAGCAGAUACAUCUUGGCACAUUUCCAAGGAGUUCUCAGCGAAGGAAGAGGCGUGUAAGCUCUCUCAAUAUCAGAGUCCAGAUGGUGAAGAGCUCUAUGAUGAAGCCAGAUACAAUGGAGACAAUUUAUUAUGUCCUCCAUGAAGAGAGACCAGUCUUAUCCUCUAGUGCCGUGCACGAUCUCCUUCUUCUGGGAGAUGAAGAAAGGAUCAAGCAUGUUUCACCUUACUCCUUGGUGCUCACUGAAGAAUAUCUGCAUGGAAAUAAUGGGGAAUCAGAGAAGCGCUCCUGGGUGAUUGGAGCAAUUGUUGGUGGUGGAUUUCUAAGCCUCCUCCUCAUUGCUCUCCUGCUGUUUCUCAUCAAAUACAUAAAAAAGUCAAGACCCACAAGAAGAGAAUCCACCCAGUGCAUUCAAAAUGAGCAGCAAGUUUUUGAGGAAUCACAUUCAGGGCCAGUUGGUACCAUCAACCUAGGCUUUGAUCCUGGCGAGUCUGAGGAUAACAAGGUUGUUGAUAGCCCUAGCCAACACUCAGAGAAGAAGUUGCUCACGGGUUCUACCUUAGGACAGAGAAAAAGAAAUGGAAGAGGGAAGAGACCAACAGAACACCAGUGGAGCUCCCAUGAAAGAAGAGGGAAAGGGAGGGAAGAGGAUGAAGAGGAGGAAAGGAUGAGUGAGGAAAUCGAAGGAAGAGGGAAGAGAGAUGAGAUGAAACUCAGCCGAGGGGCAAUCAUUACAGACAUGGAAGAGGAAGAUGUGGAAAAAGGAUCAGGCAGAGAAGAGGAAAAAUUUGGUAGACUGAAAAAGAAACCAGGACGUCCCAUCAGUGCCAUCAUCAGGGAGGCCAGUGAAAGCCCUGCACCCUCCGUUUCCUUUGUUGAUGAAAAUGUUCAAAUCGAACCUGAGCUUCACGAUGCUUUCACACAACCAGAUUCCUUCAUACUUCAUGGUGAAGCAGAUGCACACAAUGAAGGAUGCAUAGAUGAAGGAGAGGAGGGGAUAGGAAAAAUGAAGGUGAAAUUCCAUGAGAUUCUGGAUGAUGCAUUCCGAAUGUUUACUCCUCAAUCCUCAAAGGGCAAUCGCGUUAGUAUAGCUUCAGUGGAAAUUUCCCGUGAGGGUAUUACAGAAGGGGAAAGCAUCUCUGUUCCUGGUAUCCGUGCAAAGUCUGCCGAUGUCAGAGUGGCAUUUGAAAGGCCAGAGAAAGCAAGGCCAAUCUCCGCCAUCCUGAGAGGGGAUGACAGAAGCUCCCGUCAUCCCACAGUUCCCCCUCCAAGUCCUGAUUCCCGGGAUGGAGGCAGAAGUCCAAUAGUUCCCAAGUCUGCCUGGUUGGGAAGUGGAAAAGGACGUCCCGGGUCAGGAAUAGAAUUACGAGAUCCUGAGAGUGGACUUCAUGCUUUUGAUCCUGCCAUUCCUGUCAUCAGAGCUAUCAAAAGGGAGCUGCAAAAGUUUGGCCCCCCUGAUGACUCUGACAAGAACAUGUGAUUAAAGUUGUGUUACAUCCCAUGAGGAUGGUCCACUGGUACCAGAAUAGUAUCUGUCACCAACUCCAAUAUCUAGUCUCUUUUUUUAUCAUUUUAAUGCACAAGCAUGCAAGCUGCUAGUUAUCUCAGUCUAGUCCACUCUCUACGUGUUGUGAUCAAGGCACAUACUUGAAAGUUACUCUACACCCUUUCUCCAAUUUCAACUCUACCAGCACUCCUCAGCCUCAUACUUGACUCAGAUGUAAAUCUAAAAAAUAUUGAAAUUCAUACUGUACAAUUCUUGACAGUUGCCCUCAGCCUUUUUUACCCAAGAGCACCAAUAGAAAAUUUCAAGAGCCUAAAGAGGUUAAGGGAAACACCAUUGACCUACCAAUGAACAUGAAGGAUGUUACUUGUGAACUGAAAAUUGUUCUAUACCCAUGUAGACCUAACAUGAGUGACUCACAACUUCCAAUUUUACUUCUUUUCAGAGUGUGCUCACUCUAGAUUCAGUUCUUUUCUUGGUAUUGUUAAGUAGCACUGGCACAUGAGUACCAUGUUGUGAACUACUGCUUUAAGAGAAUCCAUUAUAUAGUACAACAUAUAUCAUUGUUGUGUGUGAUUUGCAUUACUGUUUGUUUUUGAGAAUUCAUUGAGUACUAAGUAAGAUCAUUGCCCUGAUUACUGCAAUGCUCCUGAUUCCGUCCAUUGAAGAGUACUUGAGUACAAAUAUGGAAAAAUUAUAUUGUUUUCCUUUCUUGGCUUUUUUGUAUUCUUUUUUAAAAUAAAUAUGAAUUUCGUACA